UCUGGAAAUGCGCACUCUUAUAGGUUGUGCAUGUUUCUGUCCAAUCAGAUACUAAUUAGAAAUUGCUAAUAAGUCAUUUCGCUGAGGAUCAAGGCCGCAAUGGUGAUUAUAUGGAUCAUCCCUUGUGGGGUUUACAUCUACAAUCUCUUACCAGCUCAUAUAUUUAACCACUAGGCUAGACCAGCCCUCAUUGCUCCGGCUCAGGCGUCUUUUGGAACGGAGGAGCGCGCAAUAGGACACCGGCGUUUCCAUUUACGCACGGGGAACCGCACUUUUUAACGCGUUGGACUGCUAUCGUUUUUAAUGAAUUGAACAAUGGGGCACCUGAGCAAUACAUCUGCAUCUAUAAAUUCCACCGACCCGUUCGGCCGAGACGAAGAAGUCGCCAAAAUCGAGAUCGCGGUCCUGAGCGUCACGUUCGUGGUGGCCGUGAUCGGAAACUGCAGCGUCCUUGUGACCAUACACAACACGAAGAAAAAGACUUCACGCAUGCAUCUGUUCAUUAAACACCUCAGUCUGGCCGACCUGGUAGUCGCGUUUUUCCAAGUUUUACCACAGUUAUGUUGGGAAAUAACAUUCCGUUUUUACGGACCGGACGUUCUGUGCCGGAUCGUGAAGCACCUGCAGGUGAUGGGCAUGUUCGCAUCCACCUACAUGAUGGUUAUGAUGACUCUAGACCGCUAUAUCGCCAUCUGCCACCCGCUGAAGACCCUCCAACAGUCCACGCGGAGGUCCCGCAUCAUGAUUGGCGGCACUUGGAUCAUCAGUCUGGUCCUCAGCACCCCUCAGUACUUCAUCUUCUCCCUCAGUGAGAUCCAGAACGGAUCUGAGGUCUACGACUGCUGGGCGCACUUCAUCCAACCGUGGGGAGUCCAGGCGUACAUCACCUGGAUCGCAGUGGGGAUAUUCCUGAUCCCAGUAAUCAUAUUAAUGACCAGUUAUGGAUUCAUAUGUCACAGCAUUAGGAAGAACAUCAGAUGUAAAACUAAAAAGACGCUAGUGGAUGGCGUGUGUAAGAGCGGGUUGAUGGGGAAGAACUCGGUCAGUAGUGUGAGCGUCAUAUCCAGAGCGAAAAUAAGAACCGUCAAAAUGACUUUUGUGAUUGUUCUGGCUUAUAUCAUCUGCUGGGCGCCGUUUUUCAUCGUGCAGAUGUGGUCGGUGUGGGACAAGAACUUCAGCUGGGAUGAUUCAGAGAAUACGGCCGUCACUCUGUCGGCGCUCCUCGCCAGUCUGAACAGCUGCUGUAACCCGUGGAUUUACAUGAUCUUUAGUGGGCAUCUCCUGCAUGAUUUCACCCACUGCUUUCCCUGCUGUCACAACCUCCCCCAGAGUUUCAGGAAAGAAGUCUCGGACAGCAGCAUACAUAGAAAGACCCUAUUCACUAAAAUCACCAAUCGCAGCCCCACCUGCAGCUCAGGCAACUGGAAAGAGUUUGACCAUUCCCUGAAAUCUGACAGGUCGACUCUGGAAACGUGACGCAGGUGGCCC